AUGUCCUGCUCCAGCCUGUGUCUGCCCUCCUCCUGUGGGGUGGCCACCCCGGCCCCUCUGGCUGACACGUGCAACGAGCCCUGCGUGCGGCAGUGCCCCGACUCCACGGUGGUGAUCCAGCCCCCACCUUCAGUGGUCACCUUCCCCGGGCCCAUCCUCAGCUCCUUCCCCCAGCAGAGUGCUGUGGGCUCAGCAGGAGUCCCCGGUGUUGGAGCGGGCUUUGGGGGCAGUUUUAGUGGCAGUUUUGGAGGCCGUGGGGGCUAUGGGGGUUAUGGCUAUGGGGGUUACGGCUAUGGAGGCCUUGGAGGCUAUGGGGGUUACGGCUAUGGGGGUUAUGGCUAUGGAGGCCUUGGGGGCUGGGGAGGCUGUGGUGGCUAUGGGGGCUGGGGAGGCCUUGGGGGCUGGGGAGGCUAUGGGGGCUAUGGGAGCUGUGGAUACGGGGGCUGGCGCCGUAACCACCGGUACCUCAAUGGCAACUGCGGGCCCUGCUAA